AUGCUAAUUAAAAAUAGUGUAGUCACCGGUCGUUUUGUUUUACGCGUUUUUUCAUCUUCUCGCACGUUGAAUCAUCUUUGUUCGAAAUUUAUUCAAAUCGAAACCGCGACAAAUCGGCGCAAGAAAAAUCUCAAGACGUGCACAACAUCAGGAUUAAUUCAAUUAUGCAACAGAAAACCUCACUUUUGGCGGAGAAGUGAGACCUUAAAAGUGCCCAUGUCCCUUUUUUGCGAUAAUCGCCAACGACUCGUCUCACGUCUCAAAGCAAAACCGAAUGAAACCCGCUGGACCCCAGGCACUUUCAUCGUUCUUCAAGGUGGCGUGGAAGUUCCCUUUAACGACACGGACAUAGCGUGGCCUUUCAGACAGGAGUCGUUCUUUCAAUGGUGCUUCGGCGUGGAGGAGCCAGGCUGUUACGGCGCUAUCGACGUGAACACCGGUGCCUCGAUCCUGUUCGUGCCGAAGUUACCGCCCGAGUACGCGAUUUGGCAGGGCAAGCUGCAUACUCUGGACGACUUCAAGGAACGAUACGGCGUGGACGAGACUCAUUAUACCGACGAGAUUGCGUCCGUGCUGAAGGAAAAGUCAGCGCGAGCCUUGCUUACGCUGAAUGGCAAAAACAGCGACAGCGGACUGACAACGCGCGAGACGAUUUUCGAUGGUAUCGACGAAUUCUGGGUGGAUCUUAAACACUUGUAUCCGGCGAUAUGCGAGUGCGUGAUGAAAAAUGGGCCUUUAAAAAAUACUAUUAGUAUAGAAACCGAUGAAGGUACGGCGAUUCUUUACUGCUCUGAUAUCGAACGUCUUAAAAACACGGACGUGGAACAGGUUCUGGAUGCAAUAAACUCAGGGAAGACGGAUAAAAGAGUUUAUUCCAUGCUGGAGAACAAGAUCGCCAAUGAGAUAAAUUGCCGGAUAGCGCUCCAAAGUUUAAGGAAGAUGAUAGAGUUGGAAAGCGAAUGGAACCGGUACCGAAAAAUCUCGUCGAACGCUCAAUCAUCUGCAGAGACUAUCAAUAGAGACAUGAUAUUGCAACAACUUGUAAGUCUGAUUGUCAAAAGCCAAGACAGCGAGACAAUAUUACAGGGGCUAAAGGCGCUAAAGAGAGACAGAUUUAGUCCUUCGACAAAUAUUUAUAAGGACCGGAUGUGUAAUGAAGUCAUGAUUAGAGCCACAGACGGCGAGCUCACCAUGUCGCAGUUAAUCAGAGCGGUGAGAAUUCUGGUUAAUUAUGGAAACUCCAAAUACAGAAACUGCAUAGACAUGUUGUGGGUAGGUCUGGCAUGUAGGGAGCAGGAUAUUAAACCAGAUCUACUGGUUCCGUUAUUCAGAUCGCUCAAGUAUUUCCAGCGAAGUAAAAAUAUGGUACAAAUCAUUUUGGAAAAGAAACUAUCGGAGCAGUGGUUAAAGUUGACCGGUUCGCAGAUGGCAAGUAUACUGAACUGCCUCUACGGAAAAGAGUCCUCGCAAGAAUGUCUAUCGAGUGCUAGUAAAUGGGCGAACGUGAGUAUGACCACUUCUACCGAGAAAGAUCUCGUCAAUUUUAUUGGCGGUUUGCACACGAAGGAAUAUGUCAAUGAAAAUAUAGAACAAGCGUUGGUGAGAUACGUAACGAGCAAAGGUACCGAAAUGAAAGAUCCUCAUUUAAUCGCCUCCAUCAUGGAUUACUGCAAGGAUUUACGAAUUCGAAAUCCGUAUGUUCUCGCUGAAUGUGGAAAAUAUUUUAUAAGACAUGGAACGCAAAUCCCGCCUACGUUAUUGUCUCCCAUUCUCGCGCCAUUUGGAUUAUUGAAUCUACAACCACCGGAUUCGACCAACUUUUGGAAAAUGUUCGACGAGGUGAUGUCUGCAAGAUUCUCAGAUUUGAAGCUAAACGACGCUUUAGACAUUCUUCUGUCUUGCACAUAUCUUGAGAGAUAUCCCAUUAAGCUUUUGGAUAAGGUUUUCAGUUCGUAUCUUAUGAACAGGUUGCAAACGCAAAGGGACGCGCCUAUCGUCAAUCACUUGAAAAACAAAUUAAAAUUAUUCGACGCGACCAUGUCGUUGGAAUGCAAAGAUUAUCGUGGCAGCCCGAUUAAUCUAGACAGAAACACGAAGUCGUUAAAUUUAGAUAUGAGAAUCAGGGGUAUUAUUAAUAAAAUACACAAACCACUGGCGCAUUUGGUAGGCGGCGAGCACAAGUUAAGCAGGAGUGUGGUUUUGAGCAGCCGGGUGAUAAAGUCUCCUCAAGAAAUUAAAGUAUUGCGGUAUGUGUGCAAGAUAAGUUCGGAGGCUCACAAGACUGUAAUGCGUUCUAUGCGUCCAGGGAUUCCAGAAUACAAAGCAGAGGCUUGGUUUUUGAAUUAUGUAUACGCUGAGGGAGGGUGCAGGCAUGCAUCUUACACGUGCAUCUGCGGAUCCGGACAUAAUUCCUCUAUACUGCACUAUGGUCACGCCGGUGCGCCGAAUAAUAAAGUCAUACAGGAUGGAGAUAUGUGCUUGUUUGACAUGGGCGGUAAUUAUUAUGGAUACGCGGCCGAUAUUACGUGCAGUUUUCCGGCCAACGGGAAAUUCACCGAGGAUCAAAAACUGAUUUACAACGCAGUGCUGAAGGCGCGCGACGCCGUGAUCGCAGCCGCGAAACCGGGAGUCGCCUGGACAGAUAUGCAUCUGUUGGCUAAUAAGGUCAUGUUGACAUCGUUGAAGAAAGGUGGGCUACUGGUGGGCGAUGUCGAGGAUAUGAUAAAAGCAGGUUUGAACGAAGUAUUCCAGCCUCACGGACUGGGCCACUUGCUAGGAUUGGAUGUGCACGACGUUGGUGGAUAUCUGCCCGGUCAUCCUGAACGCUCAAAGGACGCGGGAGUGAGAAAGCUGAGAACCGCGCGGACAUUGCUCGCCGGAAUGGUUCUCACGGUGGAACCUGGCUGUUAUUUUGUAGACUGCUUGCUCGAUGCAGCUCUUGCUGAUCCGAUCCAGUCAAAGUUCCUUGUGCCAGAACAGUUGCAGAGAUUCCGAGGUUUUGGUGGUAUUAGAAUCGAGGAUGACGUCCUCAUAACGGAAACCGGAGUCGAAAAUAUGACGGAUGUUCCUCGCACAGUUGAAGAAAUAGAAAACUUCAUGCAGAGUUAAUUGGUCAAGAAGAAAAAUUCGCAAAAUUCGGAGAUUUUGAGAGAUGAAGAACUGAAAAGUUGAACAGGUUGCUUAUUAAUUAACUGCAUAAAUACAUUUGUGAUAAGAAGGUAUAUUCAUAUAAUUUUUUACCAGAUACGUGUAUAUAUUUGUAUCGAUUUAUACGUAAAUAUAACGAAUAAAGCAAGAAACUGA